AACGUCAGCCACGUAUGAAAGAUUGUCAAAAUCGAAACAAUCACUUUUAACUUUGCGGUGUUGUUCUUUCGAGCUUAUAAUUUAUUUCGUAAGAUUUUAGAUAAUAUUUUUGAUAAAAUGGCCCUCAAAUUAUUUUCGUUUCUUGUGUUAAUCGUUGCUGCAGUGGCAGCAGAUGAAGAAGCAUCUUCCGCAAAAUUAUUAGUGUCAAAACAAGUACUGAACAAAUACUUAGUCGAAAAUAUGGACAUACUAAUCAAAUAUACUUUGUAUAAUGUCGGAACUGCACCAGCUGUAGAUGUUAAACUUAUAGACAAUGGCUUUCAUCCAGAAGUGUUCUCUGUUGUUGGUGGUCAACUCUCUGCUGAAAUUGAUAGAAUACCACCACAAACAAAUGUAUCACACGUAGUUACCGUUCGGUCGAACAGAUUUGGUUACUUCAACUUUACUGCAGCAGAAGUAUCAUACCGGCCAAACGAGGAAUCUACUGAGAUACAAUUGUCAAUCAGCAGUGCACCUGGUGAAGGAGCUAUUGUUGCCUUGAAAGAUUAUGACCGUAAAUUCUCGUCACAUAUUCUUGAUUGGGCAGCUUUUGCAGUUAUGACACUGCCUUCACUCGCAAUUCCAUUUGGUCUAUGGUACUCAUCAAAGAGCAAAUAUGAAAAACUUUCAAAGCCAAAAAAGACUCAUUAGAAUUAUACAUAGUUAGGUUCAUACAUAGCUAAUGUUGCAAAGCUUGAUCUGUUACAUAUUAAACAAAUUUUUUCUGUGUUUUUUUAGGAAAGCAAACAUUCAUCCUGUUCAUUUAAUUAAUACAUGCACAAAACACAAUAUUUCUGUAGUAUCCUAAGGCAGCAUUAGUCUCAUUUUCAUCAAACUCAAUCAUCCUUAUUGUUAUUAAUUUAAAUAAAUUAAUUUUUACAAUUUA